GAAUUGGCUCAGAUGCAGACAAUCAGCCGGGACCUGUCCGUGGUGGUGUCCAUGGACAACAACCGUCACCUGGAUCUGGACAGCAUCAUCGAGGAGGUCCGGCGCGAGCAGAUUGCUCAGAGCAGCAGAGCUGAAGCUGAGGCUUGGUACCAGAGCCGGUAUGAAGAGCUGCAGAGCACUGCUGGAAGGCAUGGGGACAGCCUCCGCAACACCAAGAUAGAGAUCCAAGAGUUGACCAGGAACAUCCAGAGGCUGCGGGCUGAGAUUGAGAACGUGAAGAAGCAGAACCAUCAGCUGCAGUCAGCCAUUGCCGAGGCCGAGGAACGGGGUGAGAUGGCCCUCAAGGAUGCCAGAAGGAAACUGGAAGAGCUGGAGUGUGCCCUGAGCAAAGACAAGGAGGAGCUGCUGGCUCGCUUGCUGAAGGAGUACCAGGAGCUGCUGAACAUCAAGAUUGCCCUGGACGUUGAGAUUGCCAUGUACAGGAAGCUGCUGGAGGGAGAGGAGAACAGGUGAGACCCGCUGUCAGGAGACAACCCAUCCAACGUAAAUGUCUCUGUGGUAGGCAGAACCACCAUUGCUGGAGGCAGAGCCGGUGGCUUUGGAGCCAGCAGUGGCAUGGGAGGAGGAGUAUGUGCAGUCGGAGGAGGAAGCAUCGUUGGAGGCAGUUGUGGCAUAGGAGGAGGAAUACUCAGCGGUGGCUUCUCUUCUGGAAGUGGAAGAAUGUGCAGCUCUGGAGGUGGCAACUUCGUCUCAGGGGGUGGAUCCUCCUCUGUGCGGAGAUGUGUCACCACCACAACGGUCAAAUCUUCAGGUGUAAAAUACUGA